ACAUCGGAUUGAUCAUUUCUAAUAAAAAUAACGAUGACGUGAUUUAAUUUUUUUUUAUCAGCGAAACUCGCACCCACCUGUCACGUCCAUCGGCAUUAUCUCCUUUCUGCAUAAUUUAGAAGCAUCACUUCACAUGAGUGGAUAAAGUAUUAUAUUUCAGAGAACCGUUAAAGUACGGACUGUAAUUAUUCCCCAAACUCUCAUUAUUUUCCAGCAAUUAUAAAUUGUUAUUAGUGAGCGGGGUUGCAUUUCAAACUGGCCGAGAAGAUUAUUGACCUUCGGCUGAAGAAUAACCACAAGUGAACACUGUAAUAUGGUGUUCAUUUGAUACACAUGGGUGCACUUCUCUCCUAUGUCAUAUUCGGAUUUGUCAGUGACGCUCUAAACGGCGAGUGGACAAUGAAUUCGAUAACUCUCAUAUUGAUAUUUGUGAUUUUUCCUAAUACCAUGGAAAUGAUAUUUUGAAUCAAAUUUGUAUCCUAAAAAAAAAAGAAUGUCCGAUGAUUGAUUUUUGUUUUUCAUCAAACAUUUAUGUGUUUGGUUAUUUCCAUUGAAAUGGACUAAAAUUGCAUCAAGUUUAAAUUUAAUUAAAAAUGGUUAAUUGGAAAUUUCUUCGUGACAUAUACUUCCCAUGGCUCUCUUUGAUUUGCGAAAAAAUCCCCCGGGAACUGAAUAUUUUUAUUGGUGGAAAAAAUGAUAAAACAUGGAAUGAAAAACUCGUUUCAUGGAUUAAUGAAAUAAGCGACGACCAGAUUGAUUGGAAAUUUGUGUCAUUGCUCGGUUUGGUCGUAAUAGUUAUUGGUGUUAUUAUGAUUCUACAAUGGUUCAAUCGCUCUUUACCAUCAACUCCGGAAAAUUCAAUUGUACAUGAUAAUGAGAACGGUCAAAUGCAGAUGGAAUAUGCUGAAUUGAUUUCUAAACCGCUGGAAAUCAAUCGAAUGAUCGAGGCUAGUCGAGUAUUGAAUUUCGAUACGGAAAAUUGUAGUCAAUUUUACAUUGUAUCGGUUGGUAUCAACGAAACAGAGAAUUCAUCUCUGCAAAUAAAUGAAAUAUUUGCCACCGCUUAUAGCCCCGAUAACGAUAAAAUACAGUGCACGGCAGAAUUUAAAAGCAUUCUAGAUGAAAUAAUCGACGGCAUCGAAUCGCAGUCGAAAAAUUCCCAAGGGACUAUGCAUCAAUUGGAGGAUUCGAAUUUAGAAUCGCAUCCACGUACGCCCGGCUCCAAAAUACCUCUGCUGAGAUCACGACAGCGCUAAGUAACAAAUGAAAUAAAUCUU